AGACGAGUCAAGAGCGGCCGCUAAAGUUACCCCGUCCAUUCCAUCAGCCGCUGCGUCAGUGGCCAUGUCGGAUCCACCCACCCACCACCAAAACCAGUAGGCAAUACUGCUGCUACCUGCUGGGACUCGGCGGCGACGGCGACUUUCGGCGGCGGCGCGCGCCAUGAAGAAUUUCUUCAGGAAGCUUCACAUCGGGGAGGGGUCGGGAGAUGGGGCGUCGACGCCUCCCCCUCCGCCCUCCUCCCGCAAGGGCAGCGGCGGCGGCGGAGGAGGAGGUGCGGCUCAUCAUCAUCAUCCCCUCCCCGAGCAGAGGCAGCAGCAGCCGCCCUCGGUGGUGUCGACCUGGCUUGACUCCGUCCCCAGCCGCCCCCCGCCCCCUACGCCGCCGACCCCCGCGGAAUCGGACGGUUCGUCGGCCUCCGCGUCCGCGUCGUCGGUAGCGAUGGGGGCGGAGGAGAGGAGGCAACCAGGGGCUGCUCAUCGGAGGCAGCAACCGCCCGCGGCUGGUGACAACAGGAGGCGAACGCAGGAGGAGGAAAUGGAGAGGAGGCAGUCGCAGGAGGAGGAGAUGGAGCGGGAGAGGCGGCGGUCGCAGGAGGAGGACGCGGUGGAGGAGAGGGUGAUACGGGAGUCGUCGGAGGCGGAGGAGAGGAAGCGGGAGCGGGAGAAGGAGGAGGACGACCUGGAGGAGUUCCAGCUGCAGCUGGUGCUGGAGAUGAGCGCGCGGGACAAUCCCGAGGAGAUGGAGAUCGAGGUCGCCAAGCAGAUGAGCCUCGGCUUCUGCCGCUCUGCCAGCUCCCCCGCGGAGGUCCUCGCUGCCCGAUACUGGAAUUUCAAUGCCCUUGGCUAUGAUGAUAAAAUAUCAGAUGGCUUUUACGAUCUCUAUGUCAUCGGGAAUGGACCGGCGUCAAUAAACAUGCCCUCUCUUACUGAUCUGCGAGCGCAGCCACUUUCACAUAAUAGCGUAAACUGGGAAGCUGUAUUGGUCCACAGAGGUGAAGAUCCCCAGCUUAUGAAACUUGAGCAAAAGGCGUUAAUGACUGCAAUUGAACUUCGGUCGAGGACUUCAGAAUUUGUUGGCAAUAUUUUGGUUCAGGAACUUGCUAGUCUAGUUGCUAACCACAUGGGUGGACUUAUUUCUGAUCCUGAGAAAAUGUCGGUGAAAUACCAGAAUAUGAUCAGAUCCCUGAGAACACGUAUUGGAAGUGUAGUUGUGCCUCUUGGCCAAUUAAAAACUGGUCUAGCUCGUCACCGUGCCCUACUAUUUAAGGUUUUGGCUGAUAGCCUUGAUGUCCCUUGUCGACUCCUGAAAGGAAGGCAGUACACAGGAUCAGAUGAUGGGGCUUUGAACAUUGUGAAAUUCGACGAUGGAAGGGAGUUCAUUGUUGAUCUCGUGACAGAACCUGGUACAGUUAUUCCUUCAGAUGCUGCUGUUUUGUCUACAGAAUGUGAAGACAGUUCCUUCUCAGAUAAUCAUCAGUUAAGCAAAGCUGAUACAGCCAAUCAGUUGGGAUCUUCUUAUGGUGGAGUUUCAAAUUCUGCAUAUGAUUCUUCUGAGUAUGAGUUACUUGAGAGGAGAUCGACAUCUAGUAACUUUGGUCCUUAUGAUACCGAUGGACCUGCAACUACUCAGACAAGCAACCAACAAAAUAUUCUAUCUAGUUCAUUUGAGAAUUUAUCAGUUAGCACAUUCCCUGUGGCUCCAAACAACAAAGAAAAAUCAGUUGGAGCAAAUAACUCUUUAUCAACUUCACCUUCUUCCCCAGAAGUGGGCAGUGGUACAGGUGUCCGCAGGAUGAAAGUAAAGGAUAUCUCAGAGUACAUGAUUAAUGCUGCCAGAGAAAAUCCACAAUUAGCUCAGAAGAUCCAUGAGGUUUUACUUGAAAAUGGAGUAGUGGCACCACCUGACUUGUUUUCAGAAGAUUCAAUGGAAGAGCCGAAGGACCUCAUCGUGUGUGACACCACCCUGUUUCAAAACAAGGAUGAAAUGAAAAGGAGGAUGAAUGAGCUUGGGUCAAGGGAAUAUGCUGAUCGUGGUCAUGGACCAUCAUUGCCUCUUCAUCCUGGGCAUGAGUUCCAAUCAAAAGUUGCUCCUCACCGGGCACCUGUGGACUCACUUAAGCCUAUCGAGGGUUUGGGCAUAUACCAUCCUCCGGAUAUCCGAGAUAACGCAUCUCCUUAUCCUCCUCAUUAUGAACCUUCAGCACCUCCUCAGGAAGCUCUGCCACAGCUCUCAAAGCAAUUACCUGUUACUGCUGCUGCUGUUGCAACUGCUGCAGUGGUAGCGUCUUCAAUGGUUGUGGCUGCUGCAAAAUCUAACAGUGAUAUGAAAUUUGACGUUCCUGUUGCAGCUGCAGCCACUGUUACUGCAGCUGCAGUUGUUGCAACAACCGCUGCUGUUAGCAAGCAAUAUGAACACUCGGAGCCUGGUAAUCAGCUGUUCAGUUUACCGAGCCGCUCUGAAGGAAAUGAUUCAAUUGAGAAAGCUGCAGAUGACUUUUGGGAUAAACAGCACCUUGAAAUUGGUCAUGGCCAAGAUAACUCUCUAGAUCAAGAAAAGGAUUCAGUUGAAGUUCCUCAGGAAGCCGAAAGAACCUCAGACAAAUCAAGCGGGACAGAAAGUGCAAAAUCUGAUGUUGCUCUGGAAGAAGUCGCAGAGUUUGAAAUGCAAUUGGAAGAAAUUGCAAUUGGUGAACGGAUUGGACUUGGAUCAUUUGGGGAAGUUUAUAGAGGAGAAUGGCAUGGGACGGAAGUUGCCGUCAAGAAAUUUUUGCAACAAGAUAUUUCAAGCGAUGCUCUGGACGAAUUUAGAGCUGAGGUGCGAAUAAUGAAGCGGUUGCGUCAUCCUAAUGUUGUUCUCUUCAUGGGUGCCAUCACUCGUGUGCCUAACCUUUCCAUCGUCACCGAAUUUCUUCCAAGAGGUAGCUUGUUCCGGUUGAUUCAUCGACCUAACAACCAGUUGGAUGAAAAGAGGCGCUUAAGAAUGGCACUUGAUGUGGCUCGUGGUAUGAAUUAUCUGCAUAAUUGCACACCAGUUAUAGUCCAUCGGGAUCUGAAAUCUCCAAAUCUACUGGUUGACAAGAAUUGGGUUGUGAAGGUUUGUGAUUUUGGUCUAUCAAGAAUGAAGAACAAUACCUUCCUGUCAUCAAGAUCAACAGCUGGAACAGCGGAGUGGAUGGCACCUGAAGUACUACGUAACGAACCAUCUGAUGAGAAAUGCGAUGUUUUCAGUUACGGGGUCAUACUGUGGGAACUUUGUACGUUACAACAGCCUUGGGAAGGUAUGAACGCCAUGCAAGUUGUUGGCGCAGUUGGAUUCCAGAGUCGUCGCCUUGAUAUUCCAGACAACACCGACCCCGCCGUAGCAGAAAUCAUAACACAAUGCUGGCAGACGGACCCAAGGAAGCGACCAUCAUUUGCGGAUAUCAUGGCUGCAUUAAAACCAUUACUGAAGACCUUGCCGGUCAAUCAAGCACCAAGGCAGAGAGUACAGCAACCAGACGUGUAAAUAAACGAAAGAUCAGCAGCCGCCCAACGUCCGUGGCUUCAGGAUUGUUUUUUUGUACAGUUACAUACACCAAAUGCGUGUGCAGAGUAAAUAGCGUGAUGAUGUAAGGUUUAGCAAGUGGCAUGAGCCAAUCGUGAAGACCGGCGCUAUUGGACCAUGUAACAGUCGGACAAAGGAACUGGCAUGGCGGGCGGGCUGGCAGGCGGAACAGGGGCUUUUGUUCAUACUCCGUUUUCUUCUCG